AUGUCCGGACGAAUAAGUCGUCUAAUUCUCUUCCUCUUGAUCCUGGCGUCAGUGGCCACUUCUCAAAGCAACAUACCAUUAAAAUGGACUGAAUGCAAUCCUCCAAAUCCAUACCCCAACGUCCAAUGCGCCAAGCACCCCGUCAAAUACGACUGGGUUGCGGGACUGAGCCAGUACACGGCCAUGAGCGCGAUGCGCGUCAAGUCACGCGCCGAAAAGCCAAAGGGCACAAUCUUCCUCCCCUCGGGUCCGAAACGCUCCGGAAUAAGGCUUCUCAAGCAGUAUCUUGGGGACAACUCGUCGGCCGCGAUGGAACUGCUCGACGAGUAUCACAUCAUGGGCUUGGACGUCCGCGGCAUAUCGGAGCAUUCACCCGUUAAAUGCAACGCAACUCGAUGGAACAGACGCGUGCCCAGCAUGGUUAAGAACAUGGCACAGUUCAACAGAAUGCAGCAGCACUGGAGACACAUUGGAGAGGAGUGCAGGGAGAUGACGGGCGAGCUGCUUUUCGACCACAUGGACACAUUCACGAUUGGCCAGGACUUGGAAAACGUCCGGUACAACAAUUGGGAGCUUCCAUCCAAGAAUCGCAAGUUGCACAUGAUCGGCCUUUCGUGGGGCGCGCAAAUCGGCCUCGCCUACGUCGAGAAAAUCUCUGCGUACAUGGGCAACGUUGUGCUGGACGGCACCCCUGACCACACGCAGGGCCCAAUCAGCACCAUCAUGGCCGAAUCCGCAGCCUUUGAGACGACGCUGAAGCACUUUUUUGCAUGGUGCAAGGCUGAAUCCUCCUGUGCAUUGCAUCAUCAGCCAGAUCUCGAGCACUUCUUCACACAGCUUACCGCCACAGCGGAGGUCAAGCCCAUUCGCGCGCCCAAAUGCAAGCAAGCUAUCGGCGAGAGUUCAUGCCGACCAGACGUCAGUCUGGAGGAGAUGUUGUUGAGCGUGCAGAGAUACUUGGCCCCAGGGCCACCCCGAUGGCCGUUGUUGGCAGAGGGCCUGUUGGAGGCAUCGAGAGGCGACGCAUCCGCCUUUUCUGCCCCUUGGUUCACGGGUGAGACAGACCCCACUGCUACCUGGGCGUCGCUCAUCACUGGUUGUCAAGAUUGGAUUCCCGCCCGCGAUUAUUAUGAGCUCCUAGGCACCCAGCGAACAAUGCGGAUCCUCUCUCCUCUGACACGAGGAUACACGCAGAGCUUCCUUUACUACUCCAGAUGCAUUUCCUGGCCUCGGAGCGCGAAAAAGAUUCAGAAUGGACAGCGCCCAUUGCUGCAAGAAGGAAAUUCCAUAAAAUCCCUUCUACUCGUCAGCUCGGUCUUGGAUCCCAUAACCAGCACCCAGGGAGCUAUAUCGCUGCGUUCUCAGAUUCCCAAAGGCGUUCUGGUGUUCACAAACAAGACGGGGCAUAGGAGUUAUGGUGCGCCCGGAGAUCUUACCUACAUAGUGAACAGCGUUCUGAGGACAGGGAAUUUCCCACAAGACGGAUCUGUAUAUCAGACAUGA